AGAGCAAAUCUAUUUUGUAACACUCCCAAAAAUAAGUUAUUUUCCCCUAAACACAAAAACACAAGCCUCAUCCGCCCCCUUCUUUCUCUUCGUCCAGAACCCGUCUCCCCUUCCAGGAGAAGGUCAGCCCCCAACCUCCCUCCGUCUAACAACUUCACGGCGGCCCAACCCUCCUCCGCCGAACCCCUCCACGGCGGCCCAACCUCAGUAUAACCCAUUUUCUCCUAUUGUAUUUUAAAUAUCAGAAUUACUUUAAGCCUUUGGGUCCUGGAAACUGCGGCGCCAUCAUCAAACGAACGACACAGCGUUUGCCUUGUUCGUUGGCGCAGCAGGGCAAGCUUACCCUGCGCAUUGUUAUGCUCUCAAAGUGGAUCCCUCCAAUUUCGUUGGGAGCAAAAUCUUUACUGAGAAGGAAAUGCAACCUAAACCCAAACCCGAACAUCCCGAGAGUGCAAUGGUUCUCAGUUUCAUCGUCGAAAGCAGCUCCGAUGAUAGAGAUGGCUGCAAGAGAUGGGGAACUGAGGGUCUUCCUUGUUGCCGGUGAGGUUUCUGGAGAUUCCAUCGCUUCUCGCCUCAUGGCUUCGCUUAAGAUUCUCUCUCCUUUACCUAUUCGCUUCGCUGGUGUUGGAGGGGUUAAGAUGACAAGUGAAGGAUUGCAGUCUUUGUUUCCCAUUGAGGAUAUUUCUGUAAUGGGACUUUGGGAGCUAUUGCCACAUUUGUAUAGAAUCAGAGUGAAACUGAAUGAAACUGUCAAAGCUGCUGCUCUAUUUGAACCUCAUGUUGUAUUAACUAUUGAUUCUAAGGGCUUUUCAUUUCGGUUCUUGAAACAGCUUAGAGCUAGAUAUAGACAAAAGAAGUUGCAUUCGCCAGCACACUUUCACUAUGUAGCUCCAUCAUUCUGGGCAUGGAAAGGAGGUGAAACGAGACUCAGAGGACUAGCGGAAUUUGUGGAUCAUUUAUUGUGCAUACUUCCAAAUGAGGACAAAAUCUGUAGAUUAAAUGGAUUGUGUGCAACAUUUGUUGGGCAUCCAGUCCUGGAAGAUGUUCUGGAAUUGAAUUUGAGAAACAAUUCCUCGAUUCAUGAAUGGAAGGCUGAAGGAAAUGGUGAAGACUUCCGAAUUAAGCAUGCAGUGCCAGCAGGAGCCACUAUCAUUAGCUUGCUUCCUGGAAGCAGAAUGCAAGAAGUCAGUCGGAUGCUUCCGAUCUUUUCAAACACAGUGGAACUGAUGAAAGACAUGGUUCCACAGUUGAUGACAAUCAUUCAUGUUGCACCUAAUGAGCAUGUGGAAAAUUUCAUAGCUGAUGCUGUUCACAGAUGGCCUGUGCCAGUUGUAUUGAUAUCAGGUGGAACAACACAACUGAGAUAUGAUGCUUUUAGUGCAAGUAGAGCUGCGUUAUGCACAUCUGGGACAGUUGCUGUGGAGCUGCAGCUUGCACGAUUACCCUGUGUUGUGGCAUAUCGUGCCCAUAUUUUGACAGAAUGGUAUAUUUGGUACAAAGCGAAGAUACAGUAUAUAUCACUUACCAAUAUUCUUUUGGACAAAGCCAUUAUUCCUGAAGCACUCUUUCAAUCUUGCAAACCACUUAACUUAGCCUUGUUGCUCAAAGAUUUAUUACAUGAUGAUGGUUGUGGAGAAGAACAAAUAAUUGCAGCCCAAAAGAUUCUCAAGCUUCUAUGGCCUUCAGAGAGAAUAAAGCUCAACCUUCUACAACAAAAUUUGAAAACUUGUGCUGAUUACACUCCAAGUGCAGUUGCAGCAUUGACUAUAUUAAACCAUGGGAAGCCAAUGACUAGUAUCUAAGGACAUAUCUUUCUGCAAGGGCUCUGGGAUUGGAUUUUUUCACUGCAAAGUUUGAAGGUUUGAAGCUGGAGGAUAUUUUCAUUUCAUAUGUAACUGAGAAAAAAAUAGCUUUCAAAAGUGUAGAAUCAAGUUAUUGAUAAACAUGGAGAUGGAAAAGCAUUGCUCCAUGUUUUGUUUCAGCUAACUCAAAAAUUCCCGACCUUGCAUUUUUUCUUCUAUUGCAGCUUGUUUGUCUGCAUUGAUUUACUGGUGUAUAAUAUUCUUUAUGAAUGAUGAUGAUUAUGAUCAUGAUCUGCAGCAGCAUGGUUUGAUGGCCUCUGAUGAAAAUACCACCAUUUGCUAUUCUUGUUUU